ACUAUUAUUAAUAAUUUAAAAUAUAUUAAAAAAAAAACUAAAUACUAAACUUGUUUAAAUCUCCAAAUUUGAAAAGCCACAAAUAAAUUUUCACAUAUGGAGUAUGCUAAUAUUUUUCCCUUGAAAUGAAAACAAGAGAGACGAGAAAGGUAGCGAGAGAAGAAUUAAAUGGGAAGAAGGGUUAUAAGGAGAGUAUAUAUAAUAGGAAAUGGGGCAGCUGGUGCAGAAAAUCAGUGCUUUGGUUUGGUUCGAGCUUUGGGAUUAUCCCAUCUACAAACGCUCUAUCGAGUUAUUAGGCCAAAAGGAGGUAUUAACAUGCGACUUCAAUGGUUGCCUGUUUCUCUCCACAAAAGGUUAGAAAAUGUGAGAAAGUUGAUUUAUGGAGAUACACUUCCAACUCAAAUUGUAGUCAGAGGACAGAAAUUGAUGCCUCUUCCUGCUGAAGUACAAGAUAUCCUAGAAGCUAAUGCAAAACAUAUUGCAACACUAUCCUGUGAAGCAUUUGCCAAGGAUGGUCCAUCAUUAGUAGUUGCAUCAGGUCGUGAUACUAUCUCCAUUUCAAGCUCAAUAAAACAGUUAGCUCCAGAAUAUGUAUUCACUGUGCAGAUUCAACAUCCCAGGUCACGUCUAGAUAGGUUUGACCUAGUGAUCACACCUCGUCAUGAUUAUUAUCCCUUGACAUCUGAGGGACAAAAAAAAAUUCCUUGGCUUCUUCGAAGGUGGAUAACACCUCGCACAUCUCCCGAGAGACACGUGGUACUGACUGUCGGAGCCCUUCAUCAAGCUGAUUCUAAUGCGCUGAAGGAUGCAGCUUACACUUGGCAUGAUGAGUUAGCAACUUUACCAAGACCAUUGCUUGUGGUUAAUGUUGGAGGGCCUACAGGUCAUUGUAGAUACGGGACAGACCUAGCACUGGAGCUAACAGCAUUGCUGCUGAAUAUUGUUCCAACAUGUGGGAGCAUCAGAGUAUCUUUCUCUCGUAGGACUCCUUGUAAGGUCUCGGACAUCAUACGGGAAGAACUUGGAAAUCAUCCUAAAGUUCGCAUAUGGAAUGGUGAAGGUCCGAAUCCACAUAUGGGACAUUUGGCUCUUGCAGAUGCUUUUGUUGUCACUGCUGACUCAGUUAGUAUGUUAAGUGAGGCUUGCAGUACUGGGAAACCUGUUUAUGUAAUUGGUGCUGAGCGCUGUACGUGGAAAUUCAGAGACUUCCAUCGAUCCUUGAAAAAUCGAGGAGUGGUUCGGCCAUUCACUGGAAAAGAAGAUAUAUCUGAAAGUUGGAGCUAUAGUCCCCUGAAUGAUACUAAGGAGGCUGCUGCCCAGGUGAUUAAAGCACUAGCCGAACGUGGAUGGAGUUUGCCAUCAUAGUUUCUUCUUAACUAUAGAUUGUUUAUCUUGAUUCAGGCAUAUUUACCAGCUUUAGCACCUGUAUUACUGUUACAGAAAAUGGAGUAGAGGGAAUUUGUUGAUUUUCUACCAUCAGAAGUAUCUAUUCUUCUCA